CCAUUAAAUUAUUGAGCAAUCAAAUAAAUUACUCUAAAUCUCUUUCAUGGGGGCCAUCAAUUAUUUUUUCUUGUUUUCUUUAGACAAGUAGGUUUAUGACUUCGGUGCUGGUAAACUCUUAAUUGCCGACAGUUUGAUUCAUGACUCGAGUUCAACCCUUUGUUUUACUUUACACGAAAGGGGUCUUCUAAUUUUCUGGAAUCUUCGUUUUGCGAUUGAAUGCUGACAAUCAGAUGCUUUCAAAGGUACCCACGAAUCUCCCACCUCAUUUGAAUAUCAAUUUCAUCAAAAAGUAUUUGAAUUCGGGAGAUUUAGCACGCGCCCGCCAACUGUUUGAUGGAAUUUCCCACCCAGAUGUACAGUCAUGGACAUUGUUGAUUUCAGCUUAUACAAGGAGUGGUCGAUGUCGAGAAGCGAUAAAACUUUAUACGGAACUGAGAAACAGCAGAAAGAUUAAUCCGGAUAAGUUUGUCAUUUUAGCCGUUGCCAAGGCAUGUGCAGUUUCGGGGGAUUUAGUGAAGGCGAAAGAAGUUCAUUUCGAUGCUGUGAACUACAGGGUUAGUUCAGAUUUGCUGUUGGGAAAUGCUUUGAUUGACAUGUAUGGGAAAUGCAAGUAUUCUGAAGGUGCAGAAAGAGUCUUUGAUGAUUUAAAGAUGAAGGAUGUGAUUACUUGGACAUCGUUUUGCUCUUGUUACGUUAACUGCGGGCUUCCAAUAAAAGCUCUUCGGGUUUUCCGACAAAUGGGUCUGAGUGGAACUAGGCCUAACGCAAUGACAUUGUCUUCCAUACUUCCUGCUUGCUCGGAUUUGAAGUAUUUAAAUUUUGGGAGAGAGAUUCAUGGUUUUGGUAUCAAGAAUGGGAUGGGAGAUAAUGUGUUUGUGAAUAGUGCACUUGUGGAUAUGUAUUCUAGCUGUUCGAGCAUUAAGAAUGCUGAAUUAGUGUUUAAUAACACGCCGCAGCUUGAUGUUGUGUCAUGGAAUGUCAUUAUAUCAGCAUAUUUUUCGAACGGCGACUGCACAAAGGCACUUAACAAGUUCCUUCAGAUGAGAAGCCAAGGAGUCAAGUUAGACAUUGUUUCUUGGAAUUCUGUCAUUUCUGGGUGCGCUGAUAAUGGAAAAGCACAAGAAGUAAUAGAGUUACUUGGAGACAUGCAAAAACUAGGAUGCAAGCCCAAUCAAAUCACCAUUACAAGCCUGUUAACUGCUUGUACUAUGUUAGAAGUUUGGAAGGGAGGAAGGGAGAUUCAUGCGUAUAUUUUCAGACACUGUUUUAUGGAUGAUUUGGCAGCCAGUACUGCACUAAUGUUCAUAUAUGCCAAGAGUGGUGACUUAGAAAUGUCCAAACGACUAUUUUGUACGAUGCCGUUGAAGGACACUGUUGUAUGGAACACAAUUAUUCUUGCUAACUCGAUGCAUGGCCGAGGAGAGGAAGCUUUAUCGCUCUUCAAUGAAAUGGUGGGCUUAGGUGUGAAACCUAACUCCGUUACUUUUACAGGUGUUCUAUCCGGUUGUAGCCACUCACAGAUGGUGGAUGAGGGGCUCUCGAUUUUCCAUUCGAUGAGUAAGGAUCAUAAGGUUGAACCUGAUGUAGAGCAUUAUUCCUGCAUGGUUGAUGUUCUUAGCCGUGGCGGUCGUUUAGCAGAGGCAUAUGAAUUCAUCCAAGAAAUGCCCGUUGAACCAACUCCAAGUGCAUGGGGAGCUUUACUUGGAGGGUGUCGGAUAUAUAAGAAUGUGGAUCUAGGGCGAACUGCUGCAAACCGAUUAUUUGAAAUUGAGCCGAAUAAUCCUGGGAAUUAUGUUUUACUCUUCAACAUCCUUGUGAGUGCCAAACUGUGGGGAGAAGCUUCUGAAACGAGGAAGUUGAUGAGAGACAGAGGGAUUAGGAAAGUUCCUGGCUGCAGUUGGGUUCGAGUGAAGAAUCGAGUGUAUACGUUUGUUGUUGGUGAUAAGAGUAACGAUAAGAUCGAUGACAUCUAUAAAUUUUUGGAUGAAAUACGGUUGAAGAUGAAAUUAGCUGGUUAUUUUCCUGAUACCGAGUUUGUUCUACAAGAUUUGGAUGGGGAGGAGCAGGAAGAUAGUCUGUGCAAUCAUAGCGAGAAGCUGGCUGUUGCUUUUGGUAUACUCCAUUUGAAAGGCGAAUCUUCCGUUACAGUGUUUAAGAAUUUGAGGAUAUGCGGUGAUUGUCACAGCACUAUUAAGUUCAUAGCGAAGUUUGUAGGAGUGCAAGUGAUUGUUAGAGACUCUUUGAGGUUUCACCAUUUUACGGAUGGGAUAUGUUCAUGUGGUGAUUUUUGGUGACACCACACUUCGAAUUUGAUUAAGAUGAAGCAUACUAUUGGAGUUUUCUAGUGGAUCGAAUACUGUGAAACGCAACCAAAUUCUAUACAGUUUCGUCAAAGAGAAAAAACCAUGGACAAGAAAUACGUGGAAUAAAGAUCGUCAAAUCGCAAUAAACAAGAAGAUAUUCCCAUGAGAAGGUAUAACUAUUUACGCUCGAGAAUUUACUAUGUUAUCGUCGAUUUCUUCUGCUAUGUCCAAUUAUAAUCAUUCUGCAUAUAGUUGGUAAGUUCCAUUAAACAUGUUCGAGUUGCUUUCGUUAAUCAUCAUUUGAAGAACAUAUAUUGAUUGAAAGAAAAACCACACUAAUAUACAAAGCAUGAUAGUGAUCUCAGUUCUUCUCCAACACUAUAAAUGGAGUUUCAAUGAUCCCCUUUUUUUUUCCCAGUUACAGCAAAAACUCAAAAA